AUGGCAACUUCGCGUGCAAACACAAGAAUUAUUGUUGUCGGCGGGGCCGGCACAAUGGGUUCGUCAACCGCACUCCAUCUAAUUCGCUCUGGAUAUACUCCCUCGUAUAUCACCGUUCUCGAUGUCUAUCCAAUUCCCUCUACCCAGUCUGCUGGUUACGAUAUCAACAAGAUCAUGAGCAUCCGAUUGCGAAAUACAUCUGAUCUUCAGCUUUCACUAGAGGCUCUAGAUAUGUGGAAGAACGACCAACUGUUCAAACCUUUCUUCCAUAACGUUGGCAUGAUUGACUGUUCAUCCUCGAAAAAGGGCAUCGCAAACCUUCACCGGAAACACCAGUCUCUUAUCGACGCAGGUGUUGGGCUAGAGAAGACAAAUACCUGGCUAGACAGUGAGGACGAGAUCCUAGCGAGAGUGCCACCGUUUAUGCGGGAACAAACCAAGGGAUGGAAAGGCUUGUUCUGCGGCGAUGGAGGUUGGCUCGCCGCAGCCAAGGCUAUCAAUGCAGUAGGCCAAUUUCUCCAGAACCAAGGGGUCAAUUUUGGAUUUGGCGACGCUGGAACUUUUAAGCAACCUCUUUUCUACGAGGAUGGGACGACGUGCAAUGGCGUCGAGGCCAUGGACGGGACAAGAUACUAUGCUGAUAAGAUUGUUCUGGCUGCUGGCGCUUGGAGCUCAACACUAGUGGAUCUGGAAGACCAAUGCGUUUCUAAAGCUUGGGUCUUCGCGCAUAUUCAACUCACGCCCGAAGAGGCAGCCUCAUAUGAGAACGUGCCUGUAGUAUACGACGGUGAAUAUGGCUUCUUUUUUGAGCCGAAUGAGUACGGAGUCAUUAAGGUCUGUGAUGAAUUCCCGGGAUUUUCUCGCUUUAAAUCGCAUCGACCAUUCGGCUCCGCCUCUCCCAAGCUCAUCUCCAUUCCUCGAUCACACGCCAAACAUCCCACAGAUACCUAUCCAGAUGCGUCGGAAACGAGCAUUCGAAAAGCAAUCAGCAGGUUCAUGCCACAAUUCAAGGAUAGGGAACUUUUCAACCGAGCCAUGUGCUGGUGCACAGACACUGCUGAUGCCAAUCUUUUGGUCUGCGAGCACCCACGGUGGAAGAACUUCAUCAUCGCCACAGGAGAUAGCGGCCACAUGUUUAAGCUUCUACCGAACAUUGGUAAGCACGUCGUUGAGCUUAUAGAGGGAUCUUUGGCAGACGACCUGGCCGAUACGUGGAGAUGGAGGCCCGGCGGUGACGCCCUCAAGUCGACGCGUGGAAGCCCAGCGAAGGACCUUGCGGACAUGCCCGGCUGGAAGCAUAAUACAUGA